AUGACUGAAAAUGAAAUUAUUUUAGAAUUAUAUCAAGCAAAACUAGCAGAUAGUGGGAGCGAAGCACUUGAAAAUGACUACCUCAAAUUUAUUAAACAAGUUACUGAAGGAUUAACCUAUAAAGUUGUAGAUUUUACAGGAUGUCAAGGAUCUUAUCAAGUAUUUUCUCGAUUAACUCGUUUAAUAAGACAAUACCCAACGGUUUACAGUCUUAAAUUCUUUGCAAAUUUAAAUAAAGAUAUAGGACUUCAAAGAAUUGUACAAGUUUGCAGAACAAAUCCAAGAAUAACAUCCUUAGACAUAGGAUGUAAUGAUUUGUCGGACGAAUCUUGCAGUAUUAUGUCAGAUAUGGUAAAAUAUUCAAAUUUAAAUUCGUUACAACUUGGAAAGUUCGAUAACGAGCUUCUACACAAUAGAUUUACGAGAGAUGGAAUUACACCGUUCUUGAUUGAGAUCACAAAAUUAAAUAAAUUACGAAAAUUAGGUCUCAGCGGCAUAGGAUCAAUAAAACAACGAAAAACCAUUAAAUACAAUGAAUUUAGCCAAGUUGUCAGCGAAUUAGUUGCAAAAUGUUCCAAAUUAUUGACUCUUGACUUAUCAGAGAUGGGAUUCAUAGAAACAGACUUACCAGUCUUGACAUCCGGCUUUGAGAGGAACCACACUCUCAAGCAUCUGUCAAUUUCCAACAAUUCAUUUAUGAAUUCCGCUUCUUUAAUGAAAUCAAUAAUGAUUAAUACAAAAUUAAGAUUUCUAAAGAUCAGCAACUGCGGUGUUACAUCAGAAUCGAUAGAAUAUCUUGCACAAGCCCUAUCCAGAGGUCAUCAGCUGAUUUAUUUGGAUAUUUCAAACAAUAGAAUUGGAUCAAAUGGAAUUUCAGUACUUUUUAGGGUUCUUUCCGACAAUAUCUAUUUGACUGAACUCUUUAUGUCUAAUGUUGAUGCUACUUCUGACGUUGCUGCUUCAUUUAACUUAUUUUUAUCGAAAAACAGAGUCAUUCAUGAGCUUGACUUCUCCAAGAAUGAUUUGGGAGAUCAUAUGGCCGAAGUUCUUGCGAUGUCUAUUGGUCAUCAAACAUCUUUAGUCACACUAAAUUUAUCAUCAUGCAGAAUUUCAGAUCAAGGUGUUUUAUCAAUUGGAAAAGCAUUGCAGCCAAAUAUAACUCUUAAGAAACUCAUUUUAAGAGACAAUUUCUUCACUAAAAAUGCAGGAUUUCAGUUAUUAGAUGUUUUGAGGAGCAAUACAUCAAUAACAUCAUUAGAUAUAUCUUCAAACCAAAUUGAUAUGUUCGCAAAGAACGCAAUCAAGACAUUUUGCGAAAGAAAUAAAAAUAAUAAAAUUGAUGAUACUUUAGCAUCAAUGAGAAAGCAAUAUAUCAACUUAUCCAUUGAUAGUGCUAAGAUUCCUGAUAAACAGACGCAGUUAAACAACUUAAUUGAAGAAAAAAAGAAAUUAAAUGCAGAAAUCGAAGAAAUUCAGAACAAUAUUGACCGAGAAACAAACAUAAUUGAUAUGAUAUUGAGAGAUGAUAAUAAAUCCUUGGAAGAACUAAAACAAUUCAUUAAAGAUGAUCAUAAAGUUAUUAGUGAUACAGAACAGAAGAUGCAGGAGCUGGAACAAAAUAAGACUGUUGAUGUAAAAGAAUUCCAUGAUAAAAUUAAGUUUUACGAAGAAGAAUUUGACAGAUUAGAAAAAGUUGCUCAAAAUUUUGUUGUUCAAACAGAUGAAAUAAGAAAGAAAGGAGAGAUUGAUAAAGCAGAGUACGCAGCUAAGAUAUCCCAACUUCAAGAAAUGAUUAAAGAUGUUAAAGCUCAUUUGAAAGCCAAAGCAACUUUGCUGGAAUACGAAAUUCCAGAAAAUCCUUUUGUUGAGAAAAAAGAAGAAUUUCCUGCAGAUGAUUUUUCUUCUUAUACUUCUACAACGAGAAAAGUUGAAGAGGAUCCGUUGGCUAAACUUGAAGCAGAGCUAACAAAGAGAUCGGAAAUGGAAUCAGCAAAUACUGGAAAGAAGAAAAAGAAGAGGAGAGUUAAGAAACAAAAAGAUUAA